CAUCGAUCUUCCUCUUCCAAUUGUGCAUAUUGUAACACAAAAAUCAUGAAAGGUUUUUCCAGUUAUAAAUCGGCUCUCAUUUCCCCAAUCCAACAAAUUUCCAGAACCCUAAUUUUGUAGUCAGGGUUCCCCAAGUAACUUGGGCAAUUUUCUACCCCUGCUUUCCACAUUCGAUCUCUUCCACCCCGAUUCAGAUCGUGGGGAUGCAUUGAUUCGACUCCGCGAAUUGAAUUAAGUCAAUUCCUACAUCCCGCGCUCUGAGCUGAAGCCGCGCCAAUUCCCCAGAACCUAAGCAGUUCUUCUUCUUGUUUCUUUUGUCGGGGGCAAUCCUGUGGUUUGGGGGGAUUUGUCGUUUCCGUGGCUCUAUGGCGGAUCAAGAUGAAGAUGACCUCCGAAUGGCUCUUAGGUUGAGUAUGCAGAACCCUUCGACUCCAGAGCCCAAGCUGCAGAAUUCCCCGCCGGAACCCAAGCGGAGCAAGCCCAGGGACGCUGCUGCUGUAGCAGGAGGAGGGGCCUCGGUCUCGCCGGAUGAUUCGAGGAGACUGCAGAGAGAGCUCAUGGCCGCUGCAGCUGAGAAGCGUAUGCAGGCUGCCAAGAUUGUCUCGCCCUCAAAGUCUGUGACUUCCAGUGCUACUGCUGUUACUGGCAGCAGCGCUGUAAAGACUGCUGAUUCUGCUAUGAAGGAGAAAGACGGGAGCUUGAAGGAGUGUCAUUUAGGGCGGGAAUUGUCGAUGGAGGAGGCGAACCAAUUGUUCUCUAUGGUGUUUGGCGCCGGCGUUUCCAAGGGCAUUCUUGCUCAGUGGAGCAAUCAGGGCAUAAGGUUUAGCUCUGAUCCAGAAACGUCUAUGGGCCUAGUGCAGCAUGAAGGUGGGCCCUGCGGAGUCUUAGCAACAAUACAAGCAUUCGUUCUCAAAUACAUCCUUUUCUUUCCUCAUGAAGUAGGUAAAGCUGGGCCCAGCAUGCAUCAAAAUCCUGGUUCUGGAAGAUUGUCCAAGACUAGAUAUGUUGCUUCAUACAAUUUCUCACGACUUACUGAAGAUGGAAGAGCAAGAGCCUUGGUCAAAAGUAUGAGUGAAAUAUUGUUCCUAUGUGGAAGUGGUGAUAGGGCUGUGAUUGCCACAUUGAAUAACACAGAUAAUGGUAAAGAGAGCUCCUCAAAGGACGAGAUUAUUGCAAAAGCACUUGAAAGCCUUUCUAUUGAAUCAGCCUCUGACUUGCAAAAGGUUCUUAGAGUCGACACAUUCACAAACGAAGCAAGCGCAUUGCAGAGACUUAAGGAGACAAUUCCCAUCUUCCAAUCUCGGAUGGGAGCGCUGCUAUUCCUUAUUUCUGCACUGCUUUCUCGAGGAUUGGACAACGUUCAAUCGGACAGAGAUGAUCCCAGUCUCCCACUGGUCACGGCACCUUUUGGUCAUGCCUCGCAGGAAAUAGUCAACUUACUGCUUUGCGGCCAGGCAGUUGCUAACGUGUUUGAUGGCCGGAUGGAUUUGGGUGGUGGAAUGUUUCUGAAAGGUAUAUCAAGUGGCGUGGAAGUUGGGUUUCUCACCCUUUUAGAAUCCCUCAAUUUCUGCAAAGUUGGUCACCAUCUAAAAACCCCAGAGUGGCCCAUAUGGGUUAUUGGCAGCGAGUCCCACUACACAGUUCUAUUUGCUCUUGACACCUCUGUCCAAGACGAGAACGAGCUGGAGCAGAGAGAAUCAGAAAUUCGAAAAGCUUUUGAUGCCCAAGACCAGAGUGGCGGCGGCGGAUUCAUCAGUGUGGAAGGUUUCCAGCAGGUCCUUCAAGAUGCCAGCAUCAGACUACCGACAGAGAAAGUCGAUCUUCUCUGCAGCACUGGUUUCAUUGUGUGGAGUGAAUUCUGGCAGGCUGUUCUUGAUCUGGACAAGAGUUUAGGUGGGUUAAAGGAUUCAAGUGGUUCGAUGGGGAAGAAAGUGUUUGAUCUUUACCAUUUCAACGGCAUUGCAAAAUCCGACUUGAAUGGUAGUAGCAAUGCAUCAGUUGGAGGUGAGGCACCGGUACAGAGACCUAGGCUUACAAAGCUCAAGGUUUCAGUGCCACCAAGGUGGACUCCCGAGGAGUUCAUGACUGAUGUAGCUAUGUCCUCUGCUUCUGCUUCAUCUGGUAGUGGUGAAUCUAAAGACAUGGAAGUGAAUAAGCCCGAGCCUUGCCAGCACGCCCCACUUGUGGACUGCGUCAGAACUAGGUGGGCUCGCGCCAGUUGUAAUUGGGCUGGGGAUCCUCCCAGUAUAGUCUGAAGCAAAAAAGGGCAAAUCACCGGAGGCAGAGAAAUGGCGAAAUCACCAGAAGCGUGGCAGGUGUUGAGAGAAGAUGAGAAAGAAGGCAACUUUAUGCAGGCUGAAGAGAUUUCCAGGGUCAUUUCUUGCAAUGUACGAUUGUAGCUUCUCUGUAUUUCUUUGUUGGUCAAAUUCAUGAUUGUAGUAAUUCGAUUCUUCAGAUGCUAUAAAAGGGAGAGAAGAACGAUUUGUCUAGUUUGGUGCCCUUGGUUGUUGCACUCUGUAAAAUGUGAAAUGGGGUUUUGCAGAAUUUUUAACUGUUUGAUCAGCUGUUAGUUGAAUUGAACCCCUUUUGGUCGCCGCUUUUGUAACAACUUUCGUUUACCGUGGUUGCCAAGUUCUGUCCAGGUCAUCCAAAUUUUUUAACCUGAACAAGUCAAUAAACCUUGGCUUCCUGUCAUUCAUUACUGAAAGGUUGAGAGUAAUUAUUGCAUUUUAUGGUUAACUGCUCUGCCGAGAC